UUCUUGUCCUGAGUUCCUCCAGUGGAAGUAUAAGCCAACUAAAUAAACCCCUUCCCCCAAACUUGUUUUUUGGCCGUGGCAUUUCAUUGCAGCAAUAGAAACCCUAACGAAGACAGCUACCCACUGUAUUUCAGAACAACUUGGAUUGCAGAGAGGGACCCUGUCUCUCUGGGUAGGUCUGGUGAACAAGCCUCUCAAAGGAUCAGAGCCACGGGCUUAAAAAGAGCUUUUCCCCUACUUGUCACAGACUUUUGAUCUAUGUUAACCUGAUGCUUUCUUACAUCCUGUAAAGUUGCCCCUCAUCCUUGAACUGUCCCUGCCUAGCCCUGUCCCCGGCAGAUUUCCACUGGACCACUACAGUCUCCAGCCCUGGCUUCCAUUUCCAGUGCUGGGAUUUCCCUCUGUUUACUGGGGGUAAAUCACUUGCUCUUUCUGAGACCCAGCUCUCUCCUUUACAAACUAGGAGAUAUUAUUUCUAUCUUCUACACUCAUUGUGAGGAUUACAGGAAAUAUGGCUGCAAGUGCCAGUCACAGCUAGUGGUCUAUAAUAAGUAUCGGGCAGGUGCUAAUUUCCACUCAGCGGUUUUCACUGCCGUUCCUUCCCUAGCUCUUGGGGGGCCUCCGUCUCCCGGAGCUGGGAAUCAGAUCUUCAGGGUUCCCGGAGCAGAUUAGUUUUGAGUGCCACUUAAUCCUGGUCAUUCUUCCGCAAUCUGAACCAUGAAAGGACAGGGCUGGUAUAGACCUGCAGCCUGAAUCCUGAUAAGGACAGGGUUGAUAUAAAUCCAUGGAAGCAGCCAGGUUCACAGGUAAUGCAGGAUGGAGUUCCAGUCUGAAGCCAAGCUGCUGCUGCUGCUGCUGCUGCUAUGGGUGAUGCAUUGUGGACACACACAGAUAAGAGUGGAACGAUACGCAUCCAUCAUUGAUGUGACCAACGGUGGGACCUGGGGUGACUGGACCUGGCCUGAGAUGUGUCCUGAUGGAUACUUUGCCAGUGGGUUCUCCAUCAAGGUGGAGCCCCCUCAAGGCAUUCCUGGAGAUGACACAGCUCUGAACGGGAUCCGGCUGCACUGUACUCGAGGGAAUGCAGAGCAAAACACGCAUGUUGUGGAGUCCCAAUCUGGAAGUUGGGGCUCCUGGAGCGAGCCUCUGUGGUGUCCGGGCGCGCACUACCUAGUGGCGUUCUCUCUUCGGGUGGAGCCGUUUUCAUUUCCUGGGGACAACACUGCGGUGAACAACGUGCGCUUCCGUUGCUCAGACGGUGUGGAGCUGGAGGGGCCUGGGCUGAGCUGGGGAGAUUAUGGAGAUUGGAGCGACUCCUGUGUCAAAGGUGUCUGUGGCUUGCAGACCAAAAUCCAGAAGCCUCGAGGGCCCCGUGAUGACACUGCACUUAAUGACGUCAGGAUAUUCUGCUGUAACAGCUGACGCUGUUGCCGCUGCCCACUGUCCCACUGGACCCUGCCAGUACCGUGCCUCUUACUAUUA